AUGCAUGACCCCACAGCCUCCUCUGGCAGUUCUUUUAGCCCAGAAACGCUGGCAACGUCCGCAGCUUGCGAUGCACAAAUGACUGUAGCUGCAGGCCCUGACAAAACCAGCCUGCAUUCCGAUGGUACCGACGAGAUGGGCAGCAAUAGUUCUAUAUACAGAGACGGCCUAGAUACCACAGCGACGGAUGCUUCCUUUCACUCCAAAUCUGACUACAGCAUUCCCGAGAGCCCAUCCGCCGCAGACGAACGAACGAGCGACCCGAGCCGACAACACGACCACCCUCACGAUCCCCAAGAACAGCCGUCCCGCAAACGAAAAACGGACGACCGACAAGGACAUGGAGAAUCGAAGCAAGAUGACAAACCUGAGGCUGAAACCACGGCGGACAGAUCCAAAAAGGUGAAGCUGGAUUCGAUUACAGGAACACCUGCUCCUGCAGUGAAGCGACCCCUUCCACUGGACCGCUCUCUUCUACCUGCUGAGAUAUGGCAUUAUAUCUUUACUUUUUGUCCCCCAAAAACUCUUGGAAACCUCAUGGGUGUCAACAAGCUGUUCCACUCAUAUCUCGAUCCUUCUUCAUGUAUUCCCUCAAAAUCUCAGGAGUCGCCCACGACUCUGGGUCCCGCCGCCGUCUUGAAGCCAGACUCAUUAUGGAAGGCUUCAAGGCGCGCAUUUUGGCCCUGCAUGCCUGCUCCUCUCAAGUCUAUGUCUGAACUUGACAUGUGGAAAUUGGCAUGUUCUUCAGCUUGCCAUCACUGUGGCAAGCGUGCCGGCGAUGCCGCCCAUGCAACAACAGAGUCUUCCCCUGGACCCGGCAUGGACCGUGUUGCCGUUGUGUGGCCGUUUGCAACUCGAACAUGCGGACCCUGUCUUGUUAAAAACUCCGUCAAGGAGAUUGACCUGCUCCUGUCUUCCUCUACUCCAUCGGCUCUUAUGGUUGCGAUUCCGUUUGUAUUGUUGACCGACAGGCUGGAUGCAUACUCAUUCUCUAUGGCCGAGCGUGGGCAGCUACCGAAAGAAGCACAAUACACCAAGCUCUUUUGGAAAGAAUGCGUGGAUCGGCUGAAGGAAGAGUUCUUUGAAGUCAAGGCGUUAGGUAUGGCCACGACAGAGGAGUGGCUGAAAGGUCUUGAACGCCGUGGAGUCGAGCUGCAGCAAGACUCUUCAAGAUGGGAGAAUUAUGCCAUUUCCGGUGGCAUCGAUAGGCUACGGUCUAAGCUUUACAUUGGUUACGAGCCGGAGUCUGUCCAAACCUUGAGCACCUCUAUGCCCAACCAAACUCAUAUCUCCAGAUCAUUCAGUUCGCAACCAACCGUCACUUCAGUGGCCAGCUCAGGACUUGCCUCGCUUCCCCCUCGCACCAAUAUUGGGUCCAAGCAUGAACGAACCCGGGAAGAGGUGGCAGAGCUAAAAGCUGCACGGAGAGUUGAGAUAGAGCGGCGCGCAGCUUUACUGGAUCCGCCCAUGCAGCCAAGCUUGCUGGUACAUAUACCAUCAUUCCAAGCUGCCACGCAGAUCAUCACACCGCUGGAUGACAGCAGUUGGGAGUUGCUCAAACCGCGUCUGCUUGCGCAAAGGGCAGAUGCCGAACAACGCGAGAGGGAGGCUGCUUUACAGGCCACUUUGCAGCAGGAGUUGGCCGAACGCCGUAGGGCUGCAGACGCCAAUAAGGACGACGAGGCGUCCGAUAGCGACUGGGAUGAACUACAAGGCCCCCUGCGGGCUCGAAUCUCGCGUUACGCUGACGAAUUUAUAGAGAAGAAUUGGGACGACGGCGAUAAGGUUUCCAAGGACAUGUGUGGAGAGUUUGCAGCUAGCGUGCUACUACAUGUCCGGAAGCAGUUUUAUGCGGAUGUUGCCAAGGAUGCCGCCGCUGCGAGAGCACUUGGAAAGGAACCAACUGUCGACCCGCCGAAAGGCCCCUUUACUCAGAAAUUGACGCUGGAGAAUAUGAAAUGGAUCUUUGACGUCAAGAUCAGACCGCAUACAGAAUCGCUCAGGAAGGAGCUUUUUCUGUGUAACGGCUGCGACGCCAACUUCAAGUACUACGGGUUUGAAGGCGUGGUUCAACAUUACGCGGCCAAGCACACUGGUGCACUCAGUCUCGGGAGCAUAGUGGUCUACUGGCGUGCCGAGUGGCCAGAAAUUCCGCCUUUCCGCCCGAAUCCCCGAGCAGCUCGGCAAUCGUACAAUCAGGCACAGGCGCAAAUCGCUCAGCAGCAGAAGAACGGUCAAAUGCGCCAUGGCUACCCUACCUACCAGACUCCGCUGCCUUCAGUUCCUCCGCAACACGGACCUGCGUACCCCGUCCCUCCGGCUGCUGCACCUUAUGUUGCACCACUUUAUCCAGAGCCCUACCAGGGUGGUGCUCCGGGGCCAUCGUACGUGCUACCGAGCUUUGGUCCAGGCCAGCAGGUGUACGGUCCUCCGGCAUAUCAAGCACCGCCGGGUCCUUAUCAUGCACAGUACCCUGGGCCUCCUGUACCUGCCCCUGUUUACACGCCUUCAGGAUAUGGUCCGGCCCCUCCCAGCAUUGCACCACCUCAACCCGCUCCACAGCCACCUGCAGGAGGGUACAGCCACGGCCAUGGCGCUUAUCAAAACAACCCUGGCUAUGUCUAUGGUGGCGGCCAGCCGGGGCCAGAUCGGUAUCGUGUCCAGCUGGAAGAGAUGGCCAAGCUUUCCCGUGAACUAUGGAAUUCGACUUCGAGUGUUAAAGACCUACCCGGAAGUGCGAGGUUGCAGGCUAUCAUCUACCACAUGGCGAAACGGUUUCACGCUAAAUUUAACGAGCCUGCACCGCUUACCAUGUUCAUCGAUGGUCUGUCGGGCAACAAGGACAUGAGGCCAGUUCGAAAUGUCAAUGGCCUGCUGUGCAAGCUUUGCCAUACCGGUUACGUCAAUCCACCGCCAACAGAGCAGGAUCGCAAGUCGUUCUCCAUGCCCCAGCUAGUCAAUCACUUCCAGAGCAGGCAUGUUGAGCCAGCCAUCGCCACGGGUCAGCAUACUCCUGUUCCUGAGUGGACCUCAGACAUGAUACUCCUUCCCGACCUCGCUGGAAUGCAAGCCCUUCGCCGAUCUGCCAGUAGCGACAAACAGAAGGAAAAACUACUUGGCGAAUCGCUGCCUCAGAUAUUCGAAGCUACCGCUCCUCACAGUAACAAUUCUCAUCCACCACGAGAAAGCCGCUGGUUGAAUGCCCCUGAAACCCACAACUCGCUGCAGGAUGCAUCGCUCGAUAGGCGUGGCAAAUUGUACGACUCGACGUCUUUGGCUGAUGAUUCGCGGGCAACGAAUGGUCACGCAAAUGGAAACAAGUUUGGUGCCAUUGGCGAUGGGGCUCCCAAGUCUUCCCAUGGCACUCAAUUGCAACAAGGGCAGGAUGGAAGGAACAAGAAAAAGAAGCACGGCAGCAAGGGUCACAAUUGUUCCGGCACCUACCGGCCUGCGGAUGACUGGGUUGCACGAGCCAACCCGGGCGGGGCCAAGGCCUAUGAUUCCAUUUAUGGUGAUGAGGAUUCACACCGCCAGGGCGACGAAGUUCGUGCCAUGUGGGUAGCUGACAGGGAACAAUCAGUUUCUCGUGAAAGGCCAGCACAGAUCGGCCCGGAACUUGAAAACGGCACUAUCAAGCCUCACGGUCAACUUCGCCAGAGCAUGUCACUUUCCAGGCCCUCACUGCCUAGCAAGCCUCCCACCCAGGGGCUAAUUCCCAGCCCUAGCUUCCGACAACAGCACCAACCACCUGCGCCGCCCGCGCAUCAAGCACCGAACGCUUUUGAGCGAGAGGGCUCUGACCCGUUGGCGGCACUGGAACUUUACCUGGACCAGGAGCGUAAUCGCGCAGCUGCCAACAUGAGCCAGCAGCCCGCCACAAAGUCAUAUGGCGACGACCCGCGCAGGGACUCGGACACAUAUACGGGGCCCCAGACGCAGUAUCGGCGUUAUAGCAGUGGACGGGCUGAUGAACGACGUAGAUCUCGAUCUCCUGGUCCGAGGUUUAUCAGGUACGCUGACGAGGCUCCGCCUGAACAUUAUCGGGAACGAAGCCCUCCACCCCCACAUGGAGAGCCGCCAUAUGGUCAUCGAGCUAGUCUCUCGCAAGAUUUGCCACCUUAUGACCGCGUGCCGCCAAUGGCCUCUCGCGAGUACUACGGAAUCCACGAGGAGGAGCGUCGCUCCCGCCCACCCGUCGAGUACGAAACUUACGAGCUCAUCAGGGCUCGUGACGCACAGGGUGAAUACUACAUAAGACGACCAGUAAUAAGGCGGGGCCUCGAGCCAGACUUGUACCACGCUGGCAGCAAUGCUCGCCCACCUGCGGCCGAGAGACGUGUGUAUCGCGAAAGUAGCUACCCUGCCUACGACAGGCUCGCAGGUGCAAACUAUCACCCAUCCGUAUCUCGCCAAUCAGCGCACUCGAUUUACGAUUCACGAGGGCCAGCGCCUUUUGUCAGACAGGAGCCGGCUUCUCACCCUCGUCCGGAUACUGGAUUUGCCGAGGAGUAUGACCCUCGUUACCCAUCAGCCCCGCCUCCGCCUAUUGGUUCAGGCCGGCCUAGAUACAUGUGA